CCCUCCGGGGCCUGGGGAGGCGGCGGCGCGGCGGCUAGGGGCGCCCCGCUACCCCGCAGCUCUGAGCGGCCACCCGCGCAGCAAGUUGGGCGAGUUGGCGGCAGCCCGCACCUGCUCCCUGGCCUUGACCCCAGAGUCUGCGUCCGGCUCCGGGGGCGCGCUCGACAGCCUCCAGCCGUCGCCCCGGACGGCCUGGGGGCCCCGCCUGCGCUCUCAGCGCCAGACCAUGGUGGGCAGCUCCGGGCCGGAGCCGCAGCCGCCUCGAGCCGACGUCGCCCGCAGCCAGCCCCCGCCCCGCCCGAGCCGACGCGCGGGGGUUCGCAGAGCGCCGGUCACUUCCUUCCUCGGCCGGGAUGGGCUGCGCGGGAGCGAGUGAUCGGCCUCGCGUCCGGCGGGUAAUCCCCAUCUGAUCUGCUGCCUGCGAGCUGCGGACUGCCGGGCCGCGCGAGCCUGGGGGGCCCGGGCACCGCGGCGAUGACCUGAUCCCGAGCCCACCAGGGCACCCCCUCCUUCCCUCUUCCCUCGCUCCCUCUGAGCCUGUGCGGAGACCCGCUCCGUGCGGCGGCACCGGGCGGACCAUGGCGGGGAGCUCCAGUUAAGGCGUGUGGGCGCCGAGCUGGAGAGGACACCUUCGGCAUCGCUGCCUUUUGAGGGGGCUUAUUUAAACUACUGAGUCAUUCCAGAUUUAGGAUUCCCUAAAUAAUCACCAACUGUGCCCGUCUUGUGCCAGAAAGCGAGCAGAAAGAGCAAGAGCGCCCGCUCUUGGGACCCCGCGCAUUCCCGGCGCUCGCCUCUCGCGGGUUUCUCCCCGAGGGGUGCUUGGCCCUCGAGGAUCUCCCUCCCUCCCUCCCUCCGUUCCUCCCUCCUUCCCCGUCCCUCCUUCCCUCCCCCUCCCUCUUCUCCCGCUCUCAGCGCAGCGCUGCUGGCGGGGAGUCGCGCGCACCGCAGCUGGAAACAGCUGCCCCCGCCCCGCGCCCCUACCCCGACUCCGGCUCACGGCUCCCACUUCACGCCUCUCGGAAUUCCAGAACUCCGGCGGCCGGCCUCUGGAGAACCGCAGCCGGCGCGAUGCAUUCCGUAGACCUCACCCAGCCGGGACGGACCUCCUAAUCUCCAGAACUGCGGGCCGCAGGGAGUUAAAUUGCUGCCUUCCUCUCCUUCUCUCUGGCGGUUGGUGGCUUGUUUUCUAAAGGAACGUUUUAUUCACUUUUUAGUAUUUUCUACCGGGGGCUCGCUGCCCUCCCCGGUCCGGACUCUGCUUUGUAAACGGGUUUUAUAUGUCUGUAUGUGUAGAUAUACUUUGGACGCCUUACAACGCUUGCGCCUCUCCGACGGGGGCACGGCUUGUUGUUUUGGACAUCCUUCUUACCCUUCCACUUGGUACUCCGAACGCAGUGUGACCAAACUCCCCACCGCCCCUCGGACGCGGAUCGCCGUGGGGUGCAAGUUUGGGGCGCAAGAGUCUAGUUAACUGGAAGGCCUGGGACCGCCCCGCCCCCGCGGCCAGCGGGUGGGGAAGUUUACAUCUGGAUUUUCACACAUUUUGUCGCCACUGCCCAGACUCUGACUAACCUUGUGGGCGUCGGGUUUUCCGUACUGCAGCCUCCUCAAAUAUUAGCACUGCCUCCCCGCGCCUGCCCUGUCCCUCCAGGCCGCCGAGGUCCUGCCCUCGCCCCGGUGGAGCGCGAUCCCGAGGGCGCAGUGGAGCCCGGGGCCUGGGGCCCGCGCUGAGCAGCUAUGGCUGCGGCGAUAGCCAGCUCCUUGAUCCGGCAGAAGCGACAGGCGAGGGAGUCCAACAGCGACCGGGUGUCGGCCUCCAAGCGCCGCUCCAGCCCCAGCAAAGACGGGCGCUCCCUGUGCGAAAGGCACGUCCUCGGGGUAUUCAGCAAAGUGCGCUUCUGCAGCGGCCGCAAGAGGCCAGUGAGGCGGAGACCAGAACCCCAGCUGAAAGGAAUUGUGACAAGGUUAUUCAGCCAGCAGGGAUAUUUCCUGCAGAUGCACCCAGAUGGUACCAUUGACGGGACCAAGGACGAGAAUAGUGACUACACCCUCUUCAAUCUAAUUCCUGUGGGCCUGCGUGUGGUGGCUAUCCAAGGGGUGAAGGCCAGCCUCUAUGUGGCCAUGAAUGGUGAAGGCUAUCUCUACAGCUCAGAUGUUUUCACUCCAGAAUGCAAAUUCAAGGAAUCUGUAUUUGAAAACUACUAUGUGAUUUAUUCUUCCACACUGUACCGUCAGCAAGAAUCAGGCCGAGCAUGGUUUCUGGGACUCAAUAAAGAAGGUCAAAUUAUGAAGGGAAACAGAGUGAAGAAAACCAAGCCCUCAUCACAUUUUGUACCAAAACCUAUUGAAGUGUGUAUGUACAGAGAGCCAUCACUUCAUGAAAUUGGAGAAAAACAAGGGCGUUCAAGGAAAAGUUCUGGAACACCAACCAUGAAUGGAGGCAAAGUCGUGAAUCAAGAUUCAACAUAGCUGAGAACUCUUCCCUUCGUCCCUCUCUCAUCCCUUCCCUUUCUCCCCCCUACUUUUCCCAUUUCCUUCUAAUAAAUCCACCCAAGGAGAGGAAAAUAAAAUGGCAACCCAGGACCUAGUGACUAAGAUUCUGCACUCAAAAAUCUUGCUUUGUGUAGGACAAAGAAAUUGAACCAAAGCUUGCUUGUUGCAAUGUGGUAGAAAAUGCACAUGCACAAAUAUUAGCACAUAUAAAAUCAAGAGAAAAAAAUAAAUCAAGACACCACAACAUUGUGCUGUUAUUAAUAGAAGGCUAAUUAUAAUGAAAACAUAACUAUAAUAAAUUUGAAAUAAAGUUAUUAUCUUAAUGACAAGGGUUUUGGAGAAUUGAACUUACAAAUCAAUGUAAUACCCUGAAUAACUUAAACUUUGGAUAAUACUGUGAUGUGUGCUUCCUGUUGAAUUUGAAUUUUCUUUGGGCAUCUGGAAUUGACACAUAAUUACAUUCUGUUUCCAGGAUUUUUUUUUACCAUGAUAUUAAACAUGUACAAAUUAUAGAUUCUUCUAAUUCCCAUAUGGUAUAAGCCAGAAAUCAUUUAAAAGUUUAAACUUUUAUUCUUGAAUUUGUUACUUACAAUUAUUUUAUGCAAAAGAUAGACUUCUGUUGAAUUUAAUAGUAUUAGCUGAUUUUAUUCUUUUAUAAAAAGUUUCAGAUUCACCUAGGAGAUUAUCAUAUUUUUAUCAAAAUAAUUAAUCCAGGAUCUCAUUUUUUUUAGUUAUUUAGAAAAAAAAAUGUGUUCUAAGGCUGAGGUUACUUUUGAGAAUUCUGUGUCAUUGCCAUGCUUGGGCAGGGAUGAAUAAGUUAUAUGCACUUAUCAUUUGGUCUGAUUUUUCACAUUGUGCACAGCUUGGAGAGUAUUGGUGCAUGUCUAGCUGUGUUAAAGAGUUUUGUACCAUCUCUUGCAGCAGGAAAGAAAGAAAAGGGGUUUCACACAAGGAAAUAAAUCCUAGGAUAUUGGUCAAAGCAAAUCGUUUUUGCCUUUGUACCUUACCAGAAUUUUGUGUAUGUAGCACUUUCCAAACUUCACCAAGAAAUUGGGAGGCAUGAAUGUGAAAUUCCUAAUUUAUUAUCUCAUGAAGCCAGUGGCUUGCUUGUUACUAUAUAUCCUUGUUAAUAAGUCUAGUUGACAGUAACUGUCUCCUAGAACACAGAAGGGAAGUUGAUACAUUGAAUUUUCAAGGGGCAUAGAGAAAGGAUAUAGAAUUAACAGCUAUGGUUCCAACACACAGGGUUGUGUGAGCUUAAAGUAGUAAAAAACAACAACAACAACAACAAAAAAAACAAUUCAGCGUAAGGACUGGGCAAAUGCAUAGUUAGGAAUACUAAAGUAUUAGGAAAGCAUUAGGAAAGAAAUUAACGUAAUACAAUUGCCUUGGGGGGGAAAAUAGAUCUAUUUAGUCCUACAAAUCAAGAAUGGUAUAGAGACAUCCAAAUUAAAACAGAAUGUUAAAAAAAAAUGUAUGCAGAAUUAUGGAUAUUAUCAAUGAGAAGACUUAGCAUGUUACUUCUCCUAUAGCUCUACUGUCCAGCAUGUAUUGUUCCAAAUAUGACUCCCUAAAAUAUAUACACUUUGCAGAAGCUCUAGGCCUUCACUUAAAUGACCUUGCCAUUGGUUGCUGUAUUUUUUCAAAGUCAAUGUAGUUCCCCUCACUCUACACAAUCAUUAUUUUUUAAUAGUGGUUUGUGUCCUUCACCAAGUAUUCUAUUUAUGUUAUCAGGAGGUUAGCAGAAAAUGAAAUGGAGGAAUUUGCCUUAUCGUUUGUAAAGAAUACAAGUUAGGCAUCUAGACAAGGAUUUUGAACACACAUUUGCAAAAGAUAUUUGUUUAACCAAAAUAUUUUGAAAGCAUUACAUUAAAAGGG